CUUUUCCCGAGUGGUUUACGGAAGUGACGACGUUUGCCGGGGCUGCAGGCGUUUCGCGGGUCUCUGUAUUUAGCUGCUUUCGGCCCGAAAGAUGCCGGGCCUGGUGGCCGCAAGCCCUGCUCGGCCUGAGUCGCAGGAGAAGAAGCCGCUGAAGCCCUGCUGCGCCUGCCCAGAGACCAAGAAGGCGCGCGAUGCGUGUAUCAUCGAGAAAGGAGAAGAGCACUGUGGACACCUAAUUGAGGCCCACAAGGAAUGCAUGAGAGCCCUGGGAUUUAAGAUAUGAAAUGGUGGCCUGCUCUGUGAAUGAAUAAUUUCAGAAGAAUGAAGAAGAUUAAAUAACUGAGAAUUCUUUAAUGUCUCAAUAAAUGGAAAAAGUAUUUAUAAAUUAUUAAAAAAAAACUCUGGUCAAAGAA